AUCCUCCUCAAUACCCACCUUCCACGAUGCCGGCACAAAAGAGCACACAGAAACCCGAGGAACCUGGAGAGUCGUCGAUAUCAGCGGCCAAGAAGGCAGUAGCUGCCGUUUCAAAUGGCCUUCAGACAUAUGAACUUCCUUGGGUCGAGAAGUACCGGCCGGUCUUCCUUGACGAUGUUGUCGGCAACACAGAAACGAUCGAGCGACUCAAGAUUAUUGCAAAAGAAGGCAAUAUGCCACACGUCAUCAUCUCGGGAAUGCCCGGCAUAGGCAAGACGACGAGCGUGCUUUGCCUAGCUAGACAGCUGCUGGGCGAUUCGUAUAAGGAGGCUGUGUUGGAACUGAAUGCCAGCGACGAAAGAGGCAUCGACGUCGUCCGGAACAGAAUCAAGGGAUUUGCCCAAAAGAAGGUCACCCUCCCACCGGGCCGCCACAAGCUGGUAAUUCUGGACGAGGCAGACAGUAUGACAUCGGGAGCACAGCAAGCGCUCCGCCGGACGAUGGAAAUCUACUCCAACACGACGCGCUUCGCCUUUGCGUGCAACCAGUCCAACAAGAUCAUCGAGCCGCUGCAGUCGCGGUGCGCCAUCUUGCGCUACGGCCGGCUGACCGACGAACAAGUAGUCAAGCGACUGCUGCAGAUCAUCGAGGCAGAGAAGGUGGAAUACAGCGACGACGGCCUCGCGGCGCUGGUCUUCGCGGCCGAGGGAGACAUGCGGCAGGCCAUCAACAACCUGCAGAGCACGUACGCCGGGUUCGGCUUUGUCAGCGGCGACAACGUCUUCAAGGUCGUCGAUAGCCCUCACCCCAUUAAGGUCCAGGCCAUGCUUAAGGCCUGCUACGAAGGACAGGUCGACUCGGCCCUCGACACGCUGCGCGAGCUGUGGGACCUCGGCUACUCGAGCCACGACAUCAUCAGCACCAUGUUUAAGGUCACCAAGACCAUUCCUAGCCUCAGCGAGCAUACGAAACUGGAGUUCAUCAAGGAGAUUGGCUUCACGCAUAUGAAGAUCCUCGAGGGGGUACAGACAUUACUACAGUUGAGCGGUUGCGUGGUGAGGCUUUGCAAGCUCAACAUGGACCCGAAGAAGUUCGAGUUGCCGACCAAAUAACCCCAUGAAUAGAUGAAAGAAGGCAAAAUCCCAGGUACCAGGAGUCUAGUAGUGUGAUACAUUGGGAAGAGUGCUAAUGAACUGCAUGAGCCGGCGUUGGAAAAUCGGAAACUUAGGGAGUUGACAUACCGAAAGCCACGGAUCAGCUCAAGGUAUGAUGGGGUAAAUGUACGAACUUCUUCUACCAGAAAAAUCAAACAAAACCCGGGACGAAUAUUCCAUGAUUUUGGCGGGUGUCCAUCGUCCGCUUAUUUUCUUUACUUUUCUCCCCCGUCCUUAGAUUCCAAGAACUCCUGUUCGUACCGUUG